AUUUACUUCCGAAUUGUCAGCGUUUUUAAAAUGGCGCCGUUGGACUUGGAUAAGUAUGUUGAGAUUGCAAGACAGUGCAAAUAUUUACCAGAAAACGACCUAAAGAGAUUAUGUGACUACGUAUGUGAUUUGCUACUCGAGGAAUCAAAUGUUCAACCAGUAUCCACUCCAGUCACUGUUUGUGGAGACAUUCAUGGCCAGUUUUAUGACCUAUGUGAACUCUUCAGAACUGGCGGACAAGUUCCAGACACAAACUACAUUUUUAUGGGAGACUUUGUGGACAGGGGAUACUACAGCUUGGAGACAUUCACAUACCUGCUAGCCUUAAAAGCCAAGUGGCCGGACCGCAUCACGCUUCUACGAGGAAAUCACGAAAGCAGGCAGAUCACACAGGUGUACGGCUUUUACGAUGAGUGCCAAACGAAAUACGGGAAUGCAAACGCCUGGCGAUACUGCACUAAAGUAUUUGACAUGCUAACAGUAGCCGCUUUGAUAGACGAGCAGAUCCUUUGUGUGCAUGGUGGCCUUUCACCUGACAUCAAGACCCUGGACCAGAUCCGCACGAUCGAGCGCAACCAAGAGAUUCCCCACAAGGGGGCCUUCUGUGACCUGGUGUGGUCGGACCCAGAGGAUGUGGACACUUGGGCCAUCAGUCCGCGAGGUGCAGGCUGGCUCUUUGGCGCCAAGGUCACUAAUGAGUUUGUUCACAUCAACAAUCUGAAGCUGAUCUGCCGUGCACACCAGCUGGUCCAUGAGGGCUACAAGUUCAUGUUCGAUGAGAAGCUGGUGACGGUGUGGUCUGCGCCCAACUAUUGUUACCGCUGUGGAAACAUUGCCUCCAUCAUGGUUUUCAAGGAUGUGAACACACGGGAGCCCAAGCUGUUCCGCGCCGUGCCCGACUCGGAGCGGGUCAUCCCUCCCCGAACAACAACGCCUUACUUCCUCUAAUUACAAGAGCCAUUUUGUUCAGUUCCAAAAUAGCCCCCAGCCUCUUCCCCUUGCCCCUAUCUUUUUUGGUGUUUGCAGUCUUAAGGGAGGGGAUUGGUGUAACUGAGAAAUAUAACAAUGGCUUCACCAUGGUCUGGUCCAGAAACAACCAUAGCUCUUGCCCCUUCAAUGUUUAUAGAGCUGAAGGAAUGAGGUGGGUGUUAUCAAUAUGAUAGAAGCUCCGCUGUACCUCAUUGGAAAGCUAGGUGGAGCUGUCACUAGUUUGUUUACUUUACGCCUGUCUGAUCCUUUCAGAUCUACAAACACCAAAGUGAUAGAUGCUUCAAUCAAUCAAUCAAAUUGAUUUUAUAAAGCCCUUUUCACAUCAGCAGUUGUCGCAAAGUGCUUUUACAGAUAUCCAGCCUAAAACCCCAAAAAGCAAGCGAUGUAGAUGCACAGUCGCUAGGAAAACUCUCUAGAAAGGCAGGAACCUAGGAAGAAACCUAGAGAGGAACCAAGCUCUGAGGGGUGGCCAGUCCUCUUCUGGCUGUGCCAGGUGGAUAUUAUAAGAGUACAUGUCCGUUUAGGCCAGAUUGUUCUUCAAGAUGUUCAAAGAUGACCAGCGCAGGGUCCAAAAAAUAGUCACAGUGGUUAUAGAGGGUGCAACAGGUCAGCACCUCAGGAGUACGUCAGUUGGCUUUUCAUAGCCGAGAGGCGGAACAGCAGAUGCUUCUGGACUGAAUCUUCUAAUGGGUUUAGGGCAGCUAUCUAUAUAUUUCAUAAACCUAUCUGGUCCCUUGUUAUCUACAAAGAGGUACAGGUUAGCAGUUUUAGGACUUGGCAUCUCCCGAGGGGACUUGCAUCUCUCCUCUAUCUGUUUUAGUCUCCAUUUUUUUCUUCUUGAAAUAUCCAAUCAGACCUCCCCCUUCCCUUGAAAGUAUUUGAUGUUGUGUAAUGCAUUUUAUUUGCAUUUCUUUUUUACAGAUCACAUUGCUGCAUUGAAUGAAUUGAGUCAAAAGUCCUAUUGGCCCCUCAUUUCAAUUGAAGCCCUAUCUUCAUAGAUUACUACAUGCCAAUACACCUGUUUUAAUUUAUACUCCCUCAAAUUCCAUUUGAUGGUAGUAAAUGGGACAUGCUGUUCCGAUUUAAAAAAAGAAUUGUAGCCAUCAAUGUAUUUGUAUGAAUACUCAAUGUUUCGCAGCUUUGUGCACAUUCAUCAGUCAUUCAUCUGCACUGCUUCUUUAUCAUAUGUUAUCAUAUGAUGUCUCGGAUUGAAUUCCUUUGAUUGCACUGUGUCACAGAAUUCCAUGUUAACUAUUGAAUGGAGUUCAGUGUUGUGUUUGGGUGUGUUAUCGUUCCAACUGGGUCGAUAUUGCAAUUACGCUAAAGGCAUGUCACCUGAUACUAUGGUCUUUCUCAGAUGUAGUCUAUAGAAGAAAACAUAUAAUUUCCACCAAAGACAGCAAUUUAAGUAUCCUGUUUAGAUUUUUUUUUUACCAGAUCACGGUCGAUGGGGAGGGGGAGGGGGACAGUCUUGGGGACUGAGUGGGCUAUGAAGCUGUUGUACAUUCAAAUAAUUGUAUUGAUUAUUUUUCUGCUCUGAUUUGUUGUAUUUUAUUAUUGUAGACUGCAACCGAUAUACCAAUUGAAAAUAAAAGGCCUUUAUUAACUUAA